GGCUCUACUGCAAUCAUAGUGGCGGCGGCGGCGGCGGGGCCGGGAAGAGCGUGAGCGAAAGCGGCUGCGCUGCUUCUCUCGGGCAUGGAGGAGUCCCGCGCGGGGAUGGGCCAAGCAAUCACCUCCCUUUGCUUUCCCUGAAGAACCUGGCGACGAGCUGAGAACCAUGGCGGGCAUUAUCAAAAAGCAGAUCCUCAAGCACCUUUCCAGGUUCACCAAAAAUCUAUCACCUGAUAAAAUCAACUUGAGCACAUUGAAAGGUGAAGGUCAGCUAACCAAUAUAGAGCUUGAUGAAGAAGUACUUCAGAAUAUGCUAGAUCUUCCCACUUGGCUUGCCAUCAACAAAGUAUUUUGUAAUAAAGCUUCUAUUAGGAUACCAUGGACAAAAUUGAAAACACAUCCAAUCUGUUUGUCAUUGGAUAAAGUAAUAAUGGAAAUGAGUACAUGUGAUGAACCCCGUGCCCCUAAUGGACCAUCACCUAUAGCAACUGCAUCAGGACAAAGCGAAUAUGGUUUUGCUGAGAAAGUUGUAGAAGGCAUAUCUGUUUCUGUAAACUCCAUUAUAAUCAGAAUUGGAGCAAAAGCUUUUAAUGCUUCAUUUGAACUUUCUCAGUUGAGAAUAUAUAGUGUGAAUGCAAAGUGGGAACACGAUGAUCUAAGAUUUACUCGAUUACAACUAUCACGUGGAGAGGUAUUGACAUUUAAAGAAAUCAACUGGCAGAUGAUCAGAAUAGAAGCCGAUGCAAUCCAAAGCUCUCAGCAUGAAAUCAUGAGUGCUCCAGUUCGUCUGAUUACCAACCAGUCUAAAAUUAGAAUCAUACUUAAAAGAAGGUUAAAAGAUUGCAAUGUGGUGGCAUCCAAACUAAUUUUAAUACUGGAUGAUUUAUUGUGGGUUUUGACUGAUUCCCAGUUGAAAGCUAUGGUACAAUAUGCUAAAUCUCUUAGUGAAGCAAUAGAGAAAUCAGCUGAACAGAGAAAAAGCCUUGCUUCUGAACCUAUGCAGAGUUCCAUGCCAGCAUACAAUUCUCAGGAGAUGAAAACUCAACAGUCUUCAGCAGCUUCUGAUGAAAAUGAUGCAAUUGAAAGACUAUUCAAUGAUUUUGAUGUUAAGGAAACAUCUUAUCAUCUAGAAAUUUCUCAUUUGGAUCUGCAUAUCUGUGAUGAUAUUUACACCAAGGAAAAGGAUGCAAACAGGCGUGUUUCAGGAGGUGCUAUGCAGCUGUCCUUUAGUCAGUUAACUAUAGACUACUAUCCAUUUCACAAAGCAGAUGAGAGCUGCAGCCAUUGGAUGCAUUACAGUGAUGCUACAAAAACCAGAAGUGAAUGGGCAGAAGAACUGCUGCAAGAGUUCAAAGGAAAUAUUGAAUUGCUUAAGCAGGCUGUGAGGGAUCACAAAUUAGAUUCUCCACUUAAAUCUCCAUUCCAGGACUCUCCACAGCAUAUACAGAUAGGCAAGGAUCAAAUGUCAAAAGGAAUUUCUAAGACUUUUGUGUCAUCACAGCAGCCAAAGGAGAAAUUGAUGUCUAGCCCAGUGGUAGUUAGACUUGCCGAUGUCAAUUUUUAUCAGGUCUCUACAGCAGACCAGUGUCGCCGUUCUCCUAAAACUCUUAUUUCUUGCAAUAAAAAAUCUCUCUAUCUCCCACAAGAAAUGCCAGCCAUUCAUAUUGAAUUCACUGAAUACUACUAUCCAGAUGGCAAAGACUUUCCUAUUCCAAAUGCAAACUUGUACAUUCAACUAAAUGCACUACAGUUCACUUUGGACGAGAGAAGUAUUCUUUGGAUAAAUCAAUUUGUAUUGGAUAUGAAACAGAGUCUCAGUCAGUUUAUGGCCAUGUACAAGUUAAAUGACAAUUCAAAAUCAGAAGAACAUGUUGAUGUUCGAGUUGAUGGAUUAAUGAUAAAGCUCAUCAUUCCUUCUGAAAGGAAGCAAAAACAUAAAGAUGAUCCAUAUGCAAUUUCCAUUCAAAGUUCUGAAAUGAUUGCUACAAAUUCUAGACAUUCAGCAAACUGUAGACACUCUGAUUUGGAAGCAGCAUUCCAAAACUUCAAAGACUCUACAUUCUUCAGUAGAACUUUCACAGAAUUUCCCAAAUCUUCUGACAAUUUUAAUCUUUACAUCCCUUUUCAAAGACAUGCUCAUGAACAAGAUACAAAACUGCGUGACAUCUAUAAAGGUAUUAUUACUCCUCAAAUGAAUAGUGCACUUAAAACUUCAGCUGCAUCAGAUGUUUGGGCAGUGCAUUUUUCUCAAUUUUGGAUGGACUAUGAAGGAAUGAAGAGUGGGAAAGGACGGCCGAUAAGCUUUGUGGAUUCAUUCCCACUUACACUUUGGAUUUGUCAACCUAUGAGGUGUGAACAAUCACACAAAGAGCCUUUUUGCAGUCAGGACUCUCUCAACAUUCUGAAAAGUGAGUCUUGUGACCUUGCUAAUCGCCUGCAGCAUAAAAAACGUCUGAAAGAGUAUUAUAGUACUGAGAUGGAUGCCUUCCUCACUGGUACUGAAAUUUGUGCUCCACUAAAAGCACUUCAGUCUCAGUCUGCAUAUGUUGCAGACAUUCAUGUUUUACUUCAUAUUCAAAAACAUGUAAGCAUGCAGAUAAAUCAUUACCAAUAUCUUUUCUUACUUUACCUACAAGAAUCCCUUGCGUUACUCCUGGACAAUUUGAGGAAAGAUGUAGAGACUGUGACAGGGAAUCCAGCAAAAGAGGCAAAUGUCUGUAUUGGGAUCUUAUUGAAAAGUGCUGACAUAGCUUUGUUGCUUCAUCCACUAGUGCAAGGAAGCAUGUGCAACCCUUCCAUUUUAGAACAAGGAGAUCCAGGGACAUCAGAUCCCUUACCCAUGGAAAACAGAGAAGCUUAUGAAUCAGAAAGCAAGCUAGUUUCUACUUCUACUACACAGAUGAACAAUCUAGAUAUUAAUAUUGUAACCAACUGUGGGUCUCUGAAUACUAAUCUUAAUCUUCUGAUAGAUCCAGUUUUAAAAUCAAAUACUGACAUGGAUUUGCCAAGUGAAAGUUCACUUUUGAAUGAUGCAGCAGAAAAACUUUGGAGGAAAAUGAAUGAAGAAAGCAAUAGUGGGCUUUUCAGUCGUAGUGAUUCAGGAGAAAUUUGUGAGUCAUUAAGUGACAAUUCCUUUCCUAGAGAAUUGGCUGAUAUGUCAAACUGCAGAGAAGACCCUAUCAAAAUGCUGGUGGGAGGAAGAAGAGAAAAGUGGUUUCUCAAUAACAAAAGUAAAGCAGAAUGUUCAACUGUUAGAGUCAUAGAAACUGAAACUGAUUCUGCAGGACAGUCUGAGAAGUUUGAAAAUGGCAAAGAAAAAUUGAACACAGCAAAAAUGCUUGCAUUUCAGUCUUCAUUAAGUGGAAAGCCUAAGGAAUCGUGCCAGUCCAAUCUCCCUGCAUUCUCUGUUUCUUAUAAGAACAUGAAGAAAAGUCCAUCACAAGCCUCUUUGGAUACCAUUUCUACUGACAGUAUCUUUGAGGAGCACUACUUGGAAAGUGAUGGAAGUGACAGCCAAAGCUUUUUGGAAAAAGCUAUCUUAUCCACUAAACCAGUGGAAAAUAUGCGUGAUGAAGGCACAGAGAAUGAGAAUUAUGGUGAAUCAUCUCCAGAUGUCCUCAGUGCCAAUUCAGAGUGUACUCAGGACUCUAGUGAAGAAAUGAUGUCAGUGGUAGUUUUUAAAAUAUUUGGUAUUAAUGGUGAAAUCGACAUCAGAGGUGAAGACACAGAAGUUUGCCUUCAGAUAAAUCAUGUUUUACCAAAUCAGCUGGGCAAUAUCAGUGUUCGGCAUUAUCUCUGCAACCGAACAGCAGGUUCAGAUCCUAAAUGUGCAGCUGGGCCAAUUAAACCAACUCCUGAAGUAAGACUAAGGUGGGAAGGUGGACCCAGUGCUUUAAUACAUUCAUUGCAAUCUGAAAAAACUGGGUUUCUACAAUGUCAUGUAGAAGAUUUUACUGGUGACUUCCUAACUUCUUCACUUAUGAACAUUCAACGUUUCUUUGAAGACGAAAUGCUUGCAGAAGUGAUGCCUAUGAAUGUAAAAAUUUCUAACACAAAAAUCAACAUAAAAGAUGAUAGUCCUCGUGAUAGUUUGUCUGCUCCUGAAUCAGUCCCAGUAACUGUGUAUAUUGAUCUGCUUAUGAUAGAGAGGAAAGAUGAUGGCUCGUUUUACAUUACAGAUCAUCAAACAGUUAGUAAUGAUUCAUCAAAGACACAAAGCAGAAUAGACAAUCCGGAUGUUGAAGCUGGUACGCCCAAGAAAAAAACUUUUCAUUCCCGGUCCACACAAACAUUUCCAGAAAUUAGCACUCCCCAAGAAUUUAUGACUUCACCCAUAGUAAUCAAAGAACAGCUUAUAGAAGAAAAUGAAUGUCUAAAACAGGAAUUAGCCAAAGCCAAGAUGGCCCUUGCUGAAGCUCAUUUGGAAAAAGAUACCUUGCUUCACCAUAUUAAAAAAAUGAAUAAUGAAAAAUGUUAGCAGACCCUAUACAUUAAUGUGAAAGAAGAAGGGACACAUUUUAUAUUAAUUUUUGUUUAUGGAACUGAACUCAGAGCAACAUUUCUGCAAAAAAUGCACUUGUAAAAAGGGAUAAGAAAUUUAGAUUUUUUUCUUUUUAAACUCUUUUAAGUUGCACUGAUGUGAAGAAGAACAAUUGCUAUUAUACAUCAUUAACUUGUGAAAUAACAGGUAAAUGAAUAAAAUAUUCCUUUGUCACUGAUAGGAUAAUUUCAUUUUCAUUUGUGAAGAUAAAAAAUCUUUGUUACAACAAAAGGACUGUUCAAAAGAUAUUAAAUUUACGCUACACAUAAAAUGAUCUAUUAUGAAAAUGUGUAAUUGUCUUGCAGAAAUUGUUCAGGCGCCAACAAGAUGUUCUUAAAAAUUAGCACCUUCAAAUCUCAAAAUGUAUAACUAUAGCAUGGGAAAGGAUAAUAUGGUGAUGUAUGUUGGGAAAAAUUGGAAAUUGCACAAUCAGUUGGACAACGAUUUCUUAUUAGUUCACAGAAUAAUAGGGUUGUUAGAUCUGAGCUCUUUUCGAGGAUCAUUAAUCAUUUUUUUUGCUUUGACAAUGAAUCUCAGCCAUUUUUUAGAAACUUUUACAUUUUUAACAGUUGAAUGUUCUUUUGUAAAUUAACAUCGCUGUAUAUUAAUAUGCUUGAAAACAGUUAUUUGAAUUUGUAACACUUUAACAAAAUGUAAAGUUGCAUUUUUUAUCACAGAUUAUGUGUAAAAAUUAAACUUUAAAUUUUUAGUUUAAAAAUUGCUGUAAAUAAGUAAAGUACACCAAUCUGUGCAAAAGAUUCCUAAAUUUUUAAAAUAACAACUAAAUCCCUGACAGAACACAUAUCAGGAUGAUAAUAGUAUAUAGGCUAUUCAGUGAUCUUUCUCGAUCAUUACUUGAAAAUAUUGUGAGGGGUAUGUAUUUGCUAUACUUGAACUGUAAAAUAAUUCAGGGAAUGAUUGAUUUCUUUUUUAAAGUAAAAAUAAGAGACCAAACAAUUAAAAUCUGAUGACUGAGUUUUGCAAAGAGGACACAUCAAGAUGUCCAACUUAUGUAAAACAAUUAUAUAUGCCUUUAUUUUAAAACAUAAGUCUUGAUUUUAUGAAGAUCAGCAUAUUUUUCAUCUCCUAUUCCUUUCAAUUGAAAUUAUAAUUUAUCUUUAUUUCUUCCUAAAUAUUAUCUCACUAUUUCUCUAUGCUUUCUUCUGCCACUUUAAUUAGUUUAUCAGAAACAAAGUUAUAUUUCUCCAAAUCUACAAAAUACUUGACUAAAUGGUAAGUUAUUUUCCAGAUUACUUUUGGACAGGUUAUUUAUGCACAGUCCAUUUUAAAAGACUAUACAUAACUAACUACCAUUUAACUUGAUAUUAAGAUUCAUUUAGCUUCCUGCAGCUUUAUUUCUAAGUAGGCUAUAUGUAAAAUGAUAUUACAAAAUAAAUAUAUACAGGUAGUCCUUGGUCAAUAAUAACAAUUGGGACUAGAAUUUCUAAAGCUAGCCAAUGCAGUCAUAAAGUGUGUUGUGACUAUACCGCUUAGAGAUAGCAGCACUGGCACUUCCUGUUGCCAAUGUUAAGCAAAUUCCACAAUGUCACAUAUUUGUGACUUGAGGGCUUCCCCAUUCACUGUGCUCGUAAGAAGCCAGGAAAGAAGCUGAACAAUCAGAUCAAAUGACAUGACUGUGGGUACACUGCCGAGCUGGAAUUUGAAGGACUAGUUGUAAGUACCAUUUGUUUAGCACCAUUGUAAGAUGUGUAAGCACUGUAAGGUGGAAAUUGCUUGAAAUUGAUACAGUUGUUCCCUUAUUUCAUGCUUGUCAUACUACCAUACUAACGGUUUGGUCAAAAAAUAAUAGAAUUUGGUUUUGUUCUUGUUUGAAUUCACUGAACAAAUCCAGUAUUGUAAGCCUUGCCAGGUAGACCAGACAGCAAACAUAACCAGAUCAACUAAUUCUACUUUACUGUAAAGCUACAUGAACAGAAACUUGUAAAUCUGAAAGUACAAUUCUGCCACUGUCUCCUUUAUAGUCCAAGAACUUAGAUUUCCUUCUGAGUUUCUUGCUCCACCCCACUUUGCAGCUGUGGGCUAUAUUGUCUCUUAUCUAAUUGUUCCCUAAGCUGCAUCUCUUCACCCAGUCUCCCGAAGAUCUUUUCCACAGAACAUUAGAAGCUACUAUUUUACUCACUUUGCUGUUCUUUAUAAGAAAAAGAUUUUUGAGUUAACAAUUUUUAAAGCACAGAAUUGUCAUUUUAAAGCAAAGAAUAAUUUCAUUUUCUGAUUCAGUUUUUUAAAAAAAACCAGUUAUUGGUGCUGUGAAAAAGAAUCCUUCAAAUACUAAAAUUAAAAACUUAUUAAGAGAUUCUUAUGAAUGAAUUAAGGCCUCUUACUUCAUGCUUCCCAGUUGGUAUGGAAGAAGUGGGUUGGACUUUGCAUGAUCAUAUCAUCUUUCUGUCAUUUAUUGCAACAUGCAUUUUUUCAGGUUUUAGUACAUGCCUGAAAAAGAAAUGUUGCUGCUGAAAUGAAUCACAUAAUUAAAGCAGUAUGUAUUUAAUGAGA